AUAUUCAGCAUUAGAAGAUUAAUGUGUCUUUAAAACAUAUUAUUCAAUUUAAAAUUCCAUGAUACUAUUGAUUUGUGAAACCUUUUUGCCACGUUUUUCUUGAUUCUCUUCUCACCUAAUUUUGCAAAUAAAAUCGAAACUUGGUUUUUUUAGCAGACAAGUAACGUUAACGCACACGCUUUCUCUGUCUAUCUCCACUUCCACAAAUUCCUAUAUCUUCCACGUGACGCGUAUCUCUCUGCAUCAACCUUAAGCUCCGGUCAUGGCGUCUGUUCCGUCGGGUCGUGGUAACGGUGGUUCCAAUGCCUUUGAUUUUGGCUCCGACGACGUCCUUUGUUCGUACGAGGAGGGCAAUAGCAAUCACGAUUCUUCUAGUGUCACGCACACCGAUCCCACCAAGGAUUUUUAUGAAUCCAGGAUGGCAAGAAAAUCAAUAGUUCCUGCUGCUUCCUAUAGAUCGCUUGAAGAUUCUUGGAGCCAGGAGGUGAUUGCAACUGUUGAGAAGAGUAUGAAAACACAUGCUGACAACCUUAUGCGGUCUCUUGAGGGAAUUAGUUCAAGGCUGUCACAGUUGGAAUUAUAUUGUUACAAUCUUGACAAAUCAAUUGGAGCAAUGCGAUCUGAUUUAGAUAGCGAUCAUGAGGAGGCAGAUUCAAAACUCAAAUCUCUUGAUAAACACCUUCAGGAAGUACACAGGUCUGUGCAAAUUUUGAGAGACAAGCAAGAGCUAGCUGAGACUCAGAAAGAAUUAGCCAAGCUUCAACUUAUUCGCAAAGAAUCAUCUUCCUCGAGCCAUCUGUGGCCCAAUGAGGAGAGAUCUUCGCCUUCUUCCAUGUAUCAAAAAAAAAUCGAUAAUGCAUCUGACACACAUAACCAGGAGUUAGCCCUUGCCUUACCUCAUCAAGUUGCCCCCCGACAACAGCCUGUGGCAGCGGCAUCCUCCUAUCAAGCACCAGCCCCAAAUGCGAGUCAAGCCACUCAACAACCUCAUUAUUACAUUAUGCCCACCUCUGUGUCCAAUCCACAAGCUGUAGCCCAGCUUCCUCAGAAUCAGUAUUUGCCUUCUGAUCCACAAUAUCGAAUUCCACAAUCAACAUCAUCAUCUCAGGUAACGCAAUCUGCACCCGUGCAACAAUUUUCUCAGUAUCAGCAGCUACACCACCAACACCAGCAAUUGCCUACACAAUUACCACAACAGGUGCAACCACUGUCAACGCAGUCUCAAAUGAGACCCCCCUUGACAAAUGCUUACACUCCAUAUCCUGCAAGCCAAGCUACAAAUCCUCUUCCCACAGAAACACUUGCAAACAGCAUGCCCAUGCAAAUACCCUAUUCAGGGAUUCCACCCCAAGGAUCUAGCCGUGGCGAUGCCAUGCCAUAUGGAUACAGCAUGGGAGGUAGAACAUUUCCACAGCAACCUCCGCCCCAGCAAAUGAAGGGCUCUUUUUCAGCACAGCCAGGUGAUGUGUAUGGAACUGGCGUGACCCGCACCAUGGCUCCUCCUGCUAGUUCCUACAUGGUGUAUGAUGGUGAGAGUGCCAGAGCACAUCAUCCACCCCAACCUUCUUAUUAUGCUCAAGCUGGAUAUCCUCCAACUAGUGCUUCCCUUCAGAACCCUGCACCACAUAAUCUUAUGAUCCAGAGCUCUAGCCAGUCUCAAUUUACUCGUAGCCAUCCCUACAAUGAAUUGGUCGAGAAAUUUGUGAGCAUGGGAUAUAGAGGCGACCAUGUAGUGAGCAUUAUCCAGAGGAUGGAGGAAACCAAGCAGCCUAUAGAUUUUAACACUCUACAUGACCGUUUGAACGUGCAUAAUUCAGUGGGUCACCAGAGGGGAUGGUCAGGGUAAACAACUUGUACUGCAUAUACCAUUUUGAACAAUGGUGUGCACCAAAUUCGGUUUGAACAAUGUUAUCCAUCAUGUCCAGAACCGGGAUGCUACGUUCAAACCCUCAAAUCAUUGCGUGUUUUAGUAUGCAUGUAACAAUGUAAUAAUAAACUUUUAUGUAAUGUGCGCGGUAUUAUCGUGUAUAGCUACUAUAGUAUAUUAUACAAGAUUUAGUGUUGAUUUAGUGAA